AUGCUGAAACGUCGUUUGCUUAGUGAGUGGCGCCGUGCUGUCCGUAACUCGCGCUGGAAUGCCGACGCCCAUUUGAGAGCCCAUGAACGUUCUGUAUCCAUCGAUCAAGAUGCAAUUGUUCGGGUUGAUACUUGCCAGUUAGCUGCUAAUAGUCCAAUAGAGGAUUUUUAUUCUGCAGCAAAAUGCUUAUCGUCGAAUGCAUUCUUGUUCGGUGUCUUUGAUGGCCACGGUGGCCAAUCAUGCAGUAGGCAUGUAUCCAUUUCAUUGUUCCCGUAUAUAUGUGCUUCAGUUUUACAAAAACAUGAGGUGAAACCACUUCCGGUGGAAAAUCGUCUGGAAUGGCUUUUCAGUAGCGCCGACGCUCAUAUGCCAAAUUUGUUUAUAAAUUCUCAGAAACAACAGGUUAUUGAUUACUACAAGGCUUUCACUAAUAACAAGGAUCUUCACACAGUUCGCGAUGCUCUCAAAUUUGCUUUCGAAUCAUGUGAUGAGAAUCUGUGCCGUGCUGCAUUGCCAGACAAUAGGGGACAAAUUGAUAGGUUAUCCGUAAUGACUGCUGCCUCGGGAUCUUGUGCAACGUUGGCCCAUGUACGGAAGCACAACCUUCAUGUGGCAAACGUUGGAGAUGGUGCCGCUGUGUUGGGUGUUGUAAAUCCGAACGGUAGUGUCGUCGCCCGUCAGCUAUCACGAGCUCACUGUGUGGACAACACCGACGAGGUUAACCGAAUUCGCGCAGCGCAUCCAACCUCCGAAACACAUGUGCUCCGAGGAGGACGAUUGUUAGGAGAGUUGUAUCCUUUAAGAGCUUUUGGUGAUGUUCGAUUCAAAUGGCCCAUGGAUCUUCAGAAGGUGGUACUGGAACCCUUGGGAAAUCCUGCACCUCCAAAUCUCUAUACACCUCCUUAUUUAACAGUUUCACCAGAGGUUUUCUAUCACAGACUAACGGCAAAUGACAAAUUUCUUGUACUUGCAACCGAUGGUUUAUGGGAGUGGCUUGAUCCUGAUACAGUAGUGCGGUUGGUGCACGAUCAUACACUCGGCACGAUGACAUUGCAACCGUAUCAGCCGAAGUGUGGUACCCCGCUCAAACAGGUUAUGAUUGAACUGCAAGAGCGAAAGGUUGGCGAAAACACCCAUAAGAAGCCAAUAGAUGAGAACUGUGCCACACAUAUCAUUAGACAUGCGCUUGGUGGUGUGAGCGGCGGACAGAGUAAGCAGUAUGAGAGACUAAUCGAUAUCUUACAGGUACCUCCGGGGCGAGCCCGCAACUAUCGUGAUGACAUCUCUGUCAUAGUGAUCCAUUUCAAUGAGCAGUACCUUAAAGAAGAGGACGAGUCAGUUUCUUCUCAGGAGACAUUAGAGAUGCAUGCGAAGUAG